AUGCAAAAUGUUGCUCUAAGUGGGACAGCUUAUCAGUCAUCUACAAAUAAGAGCGCUGAAAAAGCAAUCGACGGAAAUAAAAAUACUGAAUUUUCCUCCAAUACUUGCUCUCUCACUAAUGAGGAGGCUGACCCGUGGUGGAAGGUGGACCUGGGGAAAACCUUCAGAAUCCACUCUGUCAUAAUCACCAGCAGCAACAUGAUCAAGUACAAUCUGAAUGGUACUGAAGUCUGGAUCGACAAAUCGGAUCCCAAGGAGGACAGCACAAGGUGUGGAACCAUCUCUUCGUUUCCAGAGUCUCAGUCAUGGUACUUGCCCUGUGACAAUGUGAGGGGGCAGUUUGUGAGGCUGAAACUCAAUGGAGUCAGAAAUCUCAGCCUCUGUGAAGUCAAAGUUUACACUACAGACUACGACUAUCCCCUGCCUAACGUGGCAGUGAAAGGGCAGGCAGUGCAGUCUUCCACGCUGUAUCCUGCCGGAGCCCACAGAGCCAUAGACGGGAGGAGGGACACAUACUACACAGAGAGCAGCUGCAGCCACACUGAAGAGGAGACUGCCCCCUGGUGGAGAGUGGACCUGGGCCAAACCUUUGUUGUCUCAGAAGUUAAAGUCACCAACAGAGGAGACUGCUGCCCUGAAAGACUGGACGGAGCACAGAUACGCAUCGGAGACUCACUGCACAACAACGGCAAUGAUAAUCCCAGGUGUGCCAGCAUCACUCACAUACCUUUGGGAAACACCUUUUCAUUUACCUGUGAGUCUGGCAAAAUGGAGGGACGAUAUGUGAAUCUGGUGCUUCCCGGACACAAGAAGAUUCUGACCCUGUGCGAGGUGGAGGUGUACGCCAAGCCAGCAGUGGCGCCUCGAAGAAACAUUGCCAAACGGAAAGAGGCGCAGCAGUCAAGCCAGUGGGAAGCUGAUGGGACUCCAGCGGGCGCCUAUAAAGCAGUGAAUAACUGCAAUAGGCAAACAUUCGGCGAGUACUGCUGCAUUUGCACUGAGGAGGAGUGGGGUCCGUGGUGGAGAGUGGACCUGGGAGCCAUGUACAGAGUCAGUGCCAUCGCCAUCUACAAUCGAAAGGACUGCUGCUCUGAAUACAUCACUGGAGCAAAGAUCAGAAUCGGAAAAAGUCUAAGACAUGAAGACAACCCAGUAUGUGCCACGAUCCAUUCUGCAGACCUUCAGCAGGCCUUUUAUUGUUUUGAGAUGGAGGGCCAAUAUGUGUCUCUCAACAUUCCCAAAAAAACAAAUUUAACCAUUUGUGGAGUGGAGGUGUUUGGUUCUCAAGUGGAACCAGAACAAGCUCCAGACCCUCCACCACUCCCUAGUCAUCAUUUCCCCAACGUGACUGCACAGAUUGGGGGCCGGACGGUGUGGCUGGUAGGGGGCCGCUUGUGCUGGUCGGAUGCUCUGCUCUACUGUAGACACCAUUACUGGGACCUCCUCAGCAUCCACAGCCAGGAUGAGCAGACGGAGGUGGAGCGGCUCAUCAGAAACACCUCUCUCUAUCCUCUCUCUGACCACGUGUGGCUAGGACUGCGCAGAGAAGUGAUGGGCAUGAAGUGGUUCUGGAUGUCAGGAGAAGCGGUGACGUUUGACAGUUGGAAGGAGUUCCCUCCUCUGUUCCCAAACCCGUGUGGUGGCAUGGACAGGGAGCCCAGCCUCUGGAGCCCACUGCCCUGUGGAGAACAUAACAACUUCCUCUGCCAGUCAGCUCCAGCACAGACCACUACAAAAGUGUAUUACUCCAGCAACAAGGACCCAGUACCAUAA